AUGGCGGAGCGUUGCCUAACCAUCGACAAGUAUCGUCGUGACCGCAACGCAUUGCCCCAUGAGAGAUUUGGCAGAACAUCUGCUGCUCAGCUAUUUCUAUGCCUGGACAAGGCACCUCCACCAUUCCUACGCCUCUCGCCUGCCAAAGUCAAGGCCAAGAUAACCUACCCCACAAAGAUGCUGCCAGCAAGCGUGCCACUGCUGCCCGCGCACCUGCUGCAAGCCAGACCAGCAACCUUUGGGCAGCAGCUCAGUCUCUGGCAAGACUGGGUCCUUCAGCUUUGCUGCCAUUUCGAUUGA